AUGCCAGUGGCAGUAACUGUCACGCUUACGGUGCUCGGCGAGUCGCUGCCACCAUUACCGGCGCCAGAGCUUGUGCCAGAGACGGACGAAGUCACCGUUGUCACUUCCGAAGAAGCAAUGCCAGAGCUUGUCGAUCCAAAGGUCGAGGACGACGAGACCGAGGCGGUCAUGCUCGUGAUGACAGAUGAGGACGUGCUGGCGGGGUUGGUGAUUGCAUCGACACUGCUUGUUGCGAAGUCGGACGACGACGAAGGCCAAGAGCCCGUCACGGUGGCAGUGGCGGUGCGUCCUGAAGAGCUGGUCGAGACCGAAUCAGUGAUGGUCAAGGUCAGAGAGAUGGUCGAAGCGGACUCGGUUGCUGAACCGGUGAGAGUCGAAGCAGUGAGCGAGGCGUCUGAGGUUGCUGACAGGGACUCUGAAUCUGAAGACCCCGACGAUGAAGUCGACGACAAGAUCGACGACGCGGAGCCAGUGACAGCAUCCGCGGCACUGGUGGCAGUAAUUGACUCGCUUGGUGUCAAGGUCACAGUCCGGGUUGAGGUACUUCCGACUCUGGUGCUGGGGCUGCCCGUCGCGGUGACGGAGCUGGUCAGCGACAAGGUCAUGAUGAUUGUGGAAGUGACUUCGGUGUUUGUGCUCGAGCCGAGAGAGCUUGUAGAAGUUGCCAGCGAUGAAGCCACUGAGCCGGUGCUGCCUGUUGUGGAACCGGAGGCGCUGCUUGUGGUCGAGUACGAUUCGGUGGCUGAAGCUGUACCAGUCGGACCUGACGACGUCAAACGAGAACUAGUACUGCUGAUGCUGUUCGUGGCGCUCGUGGUCGAGUCUGACGAGGAGAUGCCAGAGGUUGAGCUGCUCAUCAAACCUGAAGAGACACUUCCAGUUGACGAAACGGAAGCAGUGUCUGUCAAAGUGGCAGUCACGGUCGCAUGGCUCAGUGUAGAUGUCUGGGUGGUUGUCACCCUGCUUGUGCUGUCUGACGUGAGGGACGUGCUGGAAGCGCCUGUCGUGGUCAGUGAGAGUGAAGUCGCCGAGCUGCCCGUGCCAGAGACGUCAGAGCGACUGGUGACCGAGGCUGACGAUGCAGAGGCGCUGCCGGUUGGGGUAGUGGACCAGACACUAGUGCUCAGGGUCAUGCUCGUGGAUCCGGUGCGGGUGAUGGUAAUCGUCAAGGUCGACUUGGAUUCCGUGGACGACUCCGAUGCCAAGACACUCGACGAACUUGAAGAUAUUCCAGAAGAGGUACUUUCAGUCCCAGAGCUACUGCCGCUGCUGCUGAUGUCUGUUGGCAACGUCGAUGAAGACGAAGUUCCAGAGACCGGCAGGGUCGUGGAAUCAGUACUGCUCUCGCCUAAGGAAGUAGCCGUGGCGGUGACUGUCACAGUUAAGGUCCUAGUUGACCCUAUGGCCAAGCUUGAAGACUUAAUACUGCUAAUGCUUGAGGACGACAAGGAGAGCGACGAGAAAGAGCUGGUUUCCAAAGUGGACAGGCUGGAAGUCGAGGUGGCAGCCACUCCAGAGGAAAUCGUGGUGCUGGAAUCCGUGAUUGUGACAGUCAGGGUCAAGCCAGUGGACGAUCUGGUCAUUGAGCCACUGUCUGUGCUCUGCGACACCGAAGCGCUGGAGCUGUCAAUUGUACUGGACACGCUUGCCGAGCCAGUGCUGGAGCUCGACGUUCCGGAACUUGCAGAGCCCGAGUCCAAGGGAGGUGUCGCAGAGCUGGAAACCGAUGCCUCGGUUGCACUGGUUGUUGAACUCGAAGCAGUGACGGUCACGGUGCUAGUCAGGGUAAUUCCCGUCGUGCUGCCUAUGGAACUUGGCUGGCUGAAACUUCUGGUGGCAGUGGAUGAGACGCUGUCACUUGUCGAUGAGUCGGUCGUGAGAGACUGCGAAGAGGCCGUCUUGCCACUGGUAGUCGAAGCAGAGCCUGAACUCGUGGUCGACCACGCUGUCUCGGUUGACGAGAUGACCGGGGCAGAGGAGGUAGUGGUCCAAGGUGGGAGCAGGGACGAAGAUACGGUUGGCCAUAGGGUAGACGCGCUGCCGGUCCCGGUCCAUGUCAAAGUCGCGGUCACGGAUUCUGUGCUGUGA